AUGGUGGUGCCGCCGCCGCCGCCCUCCUGCCAGCCCAGCUGGCGGACCUCGGGCUGGAAUUCAGGGAGGGGAGAUCCCCGAGCCGCCUCCACCGACCCCGCCCCGGGGCCGCUCACGUCGGUUCCGGGGCGGAUUACCCCUCUCCUAACGGCGCGGCACUGCGGCUCCGGGAGCCGGGAGAGGGGGAGGGGUCGGAGGCCACGGGUCCAGAAACCGUUACUGGGAAGGCAAGUGGGCUGCGGCAGCCCUGGGCUGGGUGGGGCCGGGGUGGUCGAACCCGAGACCCGCGUGGGAGUUGAGGUGCGCGAGGCUGGUGUCCUGGCUCGCGGAAGCCGGCGGAGCAGGGGCCCGGGAAGGGGCGCGCGAGCCCGGGGGACGGUAACCGCUGCUGCACGGGGAUUGCUCCGGGCCCUCUCAGAGCCUUCUCCCUCAAGGGCACUCUCAGGGAUCCACCAGAGCCCUAAAAACCGAAGCCUCUGGAACCUAUAUCCUCCCUCUGUCCGUCUCGCCCCAGAAUCUUCCCUGCGUCCUCCUCGCCCCCUCCCUCCUGCAGAUAUUUCUCUUACCACCUGGGCAGCUGGGCAGUUGCCCCACCGUUUUGAACAAAGUGGAGCUAUGAAGCCAGAAACCUACAACGAUGUCCUGCUGGAGCUUGGCUUCAACCAGGGGCCUUCUCCACCAAGAACCUAGAAGAGUAGAGGAAAAAAUUACCUUUCCUUCCCUACAUAUGUUAUCUGUUGAAAUGUUGAAAAAUACAGAAAACAAAUGAAAAAAAUAAAACAGUGACUACCGA